GAUACCUGUAUGGCACCCUGGCCAACGUGGUGAUCACGCUGAUGUCCAUGUUCGGCAUCGUCCUGCUGUUGUGUACCUCCUGCACAAACGUCUUCCAGUUGUGUAUCCAGUUCUGCAUCAGCAUGGCGGUGGGCUCCCUCACCGGGGACGCCCUGCUGCACCUGGUGCCCAUGUUUCUGGGUCUGCACGUCCACUCGGAUGAGGACAGCAGUCAUGGCGGUUCUGAUCACAAUCAUGAGGAGGGAAUUCCAGAUUACACCUUCAAGAUGCUGGCCAUGCUGGGAGGGAUUUACCUGUUCUACCUGAUGGAGUCGUUGUUCUCUCUGAUGACGCAGGAGAACCACCAGCACGCCGAGGAUUCUGAUCCGCAUCACUGCGACCACGGGAGAGUCCUAGAAAUGUUCCAGCAGGAGCGGAAACAGAAGGACAGGAAACAGUCCACGUCAAAGACUGACCUGGUUGAGAUGGAGAAGCAGAAGUCGGAGUCAGACCUGAGCGAUCAUAAGCGAGAUACGCAGAUGCUGCCGUACAUGAUCACCAUCGGCGAUGGGAUCCAUAACUUUGCUGACGGGCUGGCGGUGGGCGCCGCCUUCUCGCUGUCGUGGAAGUCGGGACUGGCGACCUCGGUGGCGGUGCUGUGCCACGAGUUACCUCAUGAAGUUGGAGACUUCGCCAUCCUGCUCUACAGCGGCAUGUCCGUCCCCCGGGCGCUGCUUCUCAACCUCUUCAGCGCCAUGAUCUCCUUCGUCGGCCUGUACAUCGCUCUGUCCGUCGCCACCGACUUUGCCACCACGCAGUGGAUCACGGCGGUGGCGGGAGGGCUCUUCCUGUACGUGGGUCUGGCUGACAUGCUGCCCACGCUGGUCCACACCAGGAGCAGGAGGCCGUGGCUGACCUUUGGCCUGCAGAACCUGGGCCUGCUGACCGGCUGGAGCGUCCUGCUGCUGCUGUCGCUGUACGAGGACAAGAUCCACUUUUAGACGAUUCUCUGGACGAACGCCGUCAGAGGUUUGUCAUGAGAACGGACACGAAGACGGAGAUCCAGCUGCAUUCAUGCGUCCACGAGCAGACAGGAAGGAGAAGGUCCUGAAACAGGAAGAACUUCCUGUCUCUGGAAGGAGAACUUCCUGUCUCUGGAAGGAGAACUUCCUGUCUCUGGAAGGAGAACUUCCUGUCUCUGGAAGGAGAACAUGUUUUUUUAACUGAGUUGCAGCAGAAAUGAUAAACGUGUCGAUGUCAUUCCAAGAUAAACCGUUGAGUUUCAGCAUGAAUGUAGCCAAAAACGAGGCUUGAGAACAGUAUUAAUGUGAAGUUAGAUUGAAUUUAUGUUUAUUUAAACAAAGAAAUCUCCUGGAUUGAAUCAUUGACAGAACAAAGUGUUUUGGUUGUAAAGAAAUGUCUUCUUAUCACAGCUCUCCCUGUGAUCAAAUGUUUUGUUUUUAUCUCAUUUUUAAUCACAGACGAGUUUGUUGCACUUUUUUCUUUAUUUUAUUGAGAUAAAUGUAAAGUUUUUCAGAUGUUUGUGUGUCAUCAACUCUGCUGUUGCUGUAAAUAAACUCAAUCUUCUACAGAU